AUGGCGGGGAGAGAGGCGCCUUCCCGGGCGCUGUUCGUGCGGGAGGACGGGAGCCCGAUGCGGUUCUACGUGCGGCCGGGGCUGGCGAAGCUGCGGCUGGCGCCGCUGGUGCUGGCGGGCGGCGGGCGGCUGUGCCGGGUGCAGGAGCCGGGCGCGGUGCUGCUGGCGCAGCCGGGCGAGGCGGCGCCCGCCGGGGCCGUGUCGGCCGAGUUCGUCACCGAAUGCGUGCGGCGCAACCGCCGGCUGCCGAUCGAGCCCUUUCGCCUGCCCGCUCCAGCUCUGUCGUCGUCGUCGUCCUCCUCCUCCUCUUCCUCGUCGUCCCCCCUGUGCCCGCCGCCGCGGGGCCGCCUGGCGUUCUCGGCGGCGGAGGACGCGGCGCUGCUGCGCGCGGUGCAGGGGCGCGGCGGGACGGGCGGGCGCGCGCUGUGGCGGGAGCUGGAGCGGCGCGCGCUCACGCGACACAGUUGGCAGGCGAUGCGCGAGAGGUACCGCCGGCACCUCCGGCCCCGCGAGCCCCGCCAGGCCGAGGAGCCCCGCCGCAGCCCGGGUCUGUUCGAGGCAGCAAAUCAAGAGUUUGAAAGCACAGAGUCAGGAAGUGAUGCUUCGGAUGUUUCAGAAGAACUUUCUGCACAAACUGGAGAGCAAAAGUCCCCAAGAGAACGAGCAUCUGGUUUGAAAACCGGACCAGAGGACCCUGCUCUCCCUGACACUCAAUUACAAAGGGAAGAAAGACCAAAAAGCACUUGCUAUUCUUCUGGUGAGGUGGGAGAAGUAGUAAAAACUAUGCAGCACUUCAUGGAGAAGCUUGGCAUGGACCUGUUAACUGUUACACAGGCCUUUCUGAAGAACUCUGGGGAAGUGGAGCCUACUUUACAGUUUCUGGAGAUGGGGCAGCGCCUAGAUGGGUACCCUGUAUGGAGCAGAGAAGAUGAUUUGGAAUUGCAAAAAGAUGAUGAACACAUCAGAAAUAAAUUAAUAGCAAAAUUUGGAGCUGAAAAUGUAGCAAAGCGAGUAGCGUUUAGGAGAAGUUAGAUAGGAAAGCAGAGAGCAACUACUGAUCUAGGACUGUGGUAGAACUUAAAAACCCAGCAACUUCAGAAAUGCAAAUGUGAUGGGAAAUUUAAUGCAACAUUCUCAUGUUUCAGAAAUGCUUUAAAAUAAUUUGUUAACAAAAGGCUGGUUUUCUAUUUUAUCUUUAUGUGUAACACAGUAUGGUACUGCAAAACCAAAACUGCGGUGUUUCACUGGACAGGUGAAAUUCCUGCUGAAAUAGUGACAAUUAUUUGUUACAUUCAUGCUGCUCAUACAGAUUUCUUGAGACUUGUGUGGAAGACUAGACAAGCAUUUAAUGAGAGGGAGUGCAAAUAAACAUAGCAAAUAAAGCAGUAAGAUUUUUAAAAGAUAAGAAACUUUACCAGCCAGAGAAUGCUGCCGACUAAUAAACAUUUGAGAAUUCCAAAUCUUAAAGGUCAGUUGGCAACUUUGCUAAAAAAAUUAUGGGAGUUGCCUUAUAUUGUAUUGCUCAUCCUUCUUCCACUCUAAACCAUUAUCUUCCAUUUCAGAGGAAGGAGCUUGGCAGAUAGACAGGCAUCUGCAUAAAUAGUUUCUCUCUGCAGUUAAAUCUUGAACCUUUCUUCAGUGAUUAUAAAAAAAGUAAGUCUGAACAUUUCAGGGCCUCUCUUGAAUUUGAAAUUGAAUUUCCUAGGCACUAAUGAAAGCCAUCAGACUUUAAUCUUCCUAUUCUUUUCACCUGUGCAAGUCAAGCCACACAAGGACAAGUUUGGACUGCCAGGGACUGUGGGGCCUCACCAGAGCAGGACCUACUCUUAGAGAUGCUCUACAGUCAUAGAGCCGGGAUCAGUUUUCACGUAAGCUUGCUUCUAAGCAUUUAAUAAAGGUGUCUUGUGAUGCUUGCAGUGAUAAAUUCCUCUCAACAGACCUAAUUUUCUCAAAAAUCUUGAAGCUGUCUACAGUUGGUGACCCCCAUCCUGCUCAAGGGACUCCUGCAUACAAAAUGAGAUGUCUGAAGUAGCGAACAAGGAUAAUGUAGUGACUUGGCAAAAGUUGCUUUAAGUAAUGUGGCUUCAUGUUUUAACCAUUCUGCUUAAAAUCAUCUCCAUCCUGAUUCUGGGAGCUUUGUCUCAUCGAAGCAAGUCCAAGUGCUGAGAACUACCUAUGCCUUGUCCCUUUCUGUCCCCUAACGAUUAUUUCUGUCCCAGCAGGAUGCCCUUGGAAGGAGUCGCUGGACUCCCAGCUUCGUGUGAUUAAGGUUUUAACCUUUCAGAUUUCUUUUCAGAAGUGAUGUCCUUGCAAAGGCAUGUUUUAAACUGGAAAAACCGAGACAGAGAGCAGUAUUCAGGGCCGCUCCUUGCUUCUUGGCCUGCUCAAGCCAAAAAAAGAAAACCAAAACCAAAACUAAAACAUACUUGUAAACAGAACUUUUUGUCCUGCACUGACUAAUAGUUACGGGAAAUCAGUGGGUGUAGGGGAACUGAAUUCUGGAAGAGAACGGCAACAAUUCAUAACCAACAUUCUGAGCAUUACUGGACCAUGCUAGGCUCAAGGUGACUGGAAAUGCUGUAGGUUAAGGGCAAAUAAAUGCCUUUUGACAAAAAUGCUGUGGUUCUGACUUAAGAUUUCAUAAAACCAGGCUUUGAGAGGGGACGAAGAAUAAACCAUGCCAAGCAAUUUCAGGGUAGUUUACAUAGCAUGACACUUGAUGUCAAGCCAUCCCGCUGUUCUGUUUUUAGUACAAGUUGAGAAGGGGCCUGAAUGCAAGGAUUAGCAGUAAUACUAACCGGCAUUGGCAGAUCUUUGGAUAGAGUUUUAGCUCAGCUUUCAGCAAAGAUGAGGUGCAUCUGCGGAGUUUGGAAGCAGGAGUACAUACCUUUUUUUUUCUCCAAGGUUCAAGCUGCACUGUGUUUUAAGGCUUUCCAUGAGGCAUGUUUUGACAAAACCAGAAGCAUUUGAAUUGUGAGAGCAACAAAGGAAACGUGAUGAUAGGAUUUCUGUUGUUCAACAAAACAUUAUCCUGAUUGAAGCAACUAUAUGAACUCCAAAGUAAAGAAGCUAUUAGUGGUACAUUGUUGUUAUUUCAUAAUUAGGCUGUAAAAUAGCAACACUGAAAGUUUGGAAGUACAGAAGAACUUGAAUUUUGUUAAAAUACAAUUUCAUCGUAUUUCUGUAAAGGUUCAAUUCUCAAAUCCUCAUCACUUUUCCUUACAUUUACUUUGAUUUGGAGGGAGAUUUCAGAUACCCCAAGCAGAAUUGAUUCUUCUAUCACUAAGACCUUGGUUUGCCAUGCGUAGCUCAAAGCCGUGACUGCUUCCUCCGGUAUGUGUCUGAAGUGAAAAUAUUGUACCUGUGUGAAUGAUAAAUCCACAUGCAAAAACUGGUCCUGGGAGAACACGUUGUGUUUACUUUCCCACAAAGACUGUACAUAUACUGGUUUUCCCUGUGUUUUGUUUGGUGUUUUUUAUUGCUGUGAUAGAUGGUUGACAGCGUAAUUCAAGGGCUGAUGUCCCUGAUGCUGAGGAGAUUUAUGUCAGCCAAGGAUUUUGCCUCGGGGCACUUUCUGUUCCACCUGCUGUGCCAUGGUGGCACGGCACAAACACUGCCUCCACCAAGGUGCUCGCCUUUUCCCAAGCAGCCAAAUUUUUGUUAGCCAUGAAAAGCCAGGCUGCUCUUGCAGCCACUGAAGGGAACAAUAGUUCAAGUAAAGGGCAGCAGCUACUUGUGGAGACGCUGAACUCAAAUAGCUGGCUUUCCUCCGUGUGCUAUGCUAGAAAAUAUGAUGUUAUGGGGCAAGAGAACUUUCUGGCAUUUUUUGACAGACCAGUCAAACCAGACCAGAUGGUUUCCUGCAAAGCUUUUGUUCAGCUGAUCUUACAGCCAUUUCAAGUAAAACCAGAGCUUCUCAA